GUGGCGUGGGCCCGUGCCGGCGGAGCGACUGCGAUGGCGGCGGAGGAGGAGCGGCUGCUGGCCUGGCUGCGCGGACCGGCUGUGGCGGGACCCGGCGGCGCUGAGCUCGCCGCUUAUGUGGCCGAGCUGGCGGCGCUGGGGCUGGCGGAGCUGGGCCGGGAGCCGGCGCGGCUGGCGGCAGAGCGGGAGCGGGUCGGGGCUGAGACGCGGCGCUUGGCCUUCGAGCACUACCGCGCCUUCAUUCGCUCCGCGGAGUGCACCGGCCGCGCCGGCCGCGGCUUCGGUGGCAUCGAGAGCCGUCUGAGCAGCCUGCUGGAGCGCCUGCCCGCCCUGCAGGAUGCCUGCCGGAACUUCAUGCGUGAUGCUGAGGCCAUUGCCUGCAGCCGGCGGAUGAACAGCCUGACACUGAACCGGCACACAGAGAUCCUAGAGAUCCUGGAGAUCCCGCAGCUCAUGGACACCUGUGUGCGUAACCGCUACUAUGAGGAGGCGCUGGAGCUGGCGGCCUACGUGCGCCGGCUGGAGAAGAAGUACAGCAGCAUCCCCGUCAUCCAGGGAAUUGUGGCCGAGGUGCGGCAGUCCACUCAGCUGAUGCUGAACGAGCUCAUCCAGCAGCUCCGCACCAACAUCCCUCUGCCCACUUGCCUGCGGGUCAUUGGCUAUCUGCGGCGCAUGGAUGUCUUCACAGAGGCCGAGUUGCGCAUCAAGUUCCUGCAGGCACGGGACGCCUGGCUGCGCUCCAUCCAGGCCUCCAUCCCCGAGGAUGACCCCUACUUCCACCUCACCAAGACAGUCGAGGCCUGCCGUGUCCACCUCUUUGACAUCAUCACGCAGUACCGUGCCAUCUUCUCUGAUGAGGAGCCGCUCCUGGCCCCCGAGCAGCCCUCCCUCAACGAGGGAGCCAUCUUCCAUGGUUGGGUGCUGCAGAAGGUCUCUGAGUUCCUGCAGGUGCUGGAGCGUGACCUGCAGCGAGGGGUGGGUGGCCGCUUGGACUCGCUGCUGGGGCAGUGCAUGUACUUUGGCCUCUCCUUUAGUAGGGUGGGGGCUGAUUUCCGUGGGCAGCUGGCCCCCAUCUUCCAGCGUGUCGCUGCCACCACCUUCAGCAAGGCAGUGGAUGAGGCGGUGGAGAAGUUCCAGGAGGAGAUGAAUUCCUACACGCUCAUCUCUGCCCCAGCUGUGCUGGGCAGUGCCGCAGCGGUGCCGGUGCCCUCAGCCCAGCCAGGGACACUGCAGCCACCCAUGGUGCUGCUGGACUUUCCGCCCCUUGCCUGCUUCCUCAAUGGCCUCCUUGUUGCCUUCAACGACCUGCGGCUCUGCUGCCCCAUCGCCCUGGCACAGGAUGUGGCUGCCUGCCUGAAGGAUGCCCUUGGCAAGGUGACCAAAAUAAUCCUGGCCUUCCACCGGGCAGAGGAGGCGGCAUUCAGCGGGCGCGAGCAGGAGCUCUUUGUCCACUUCUGCACAGCAUUCCUGGAGGAUCUGCUUCCUUACCUGAAUCGCUGCCUCCAGGUUCUCUUCCCCCCGGCUCAGAUCGCACAGGUGCUGGGCGUAGAUGAGAACGGGGACCCGGUGAGCUGGGAGGCGACGGGCUGGGCUGCCCGCAUCGUGCAGCACGAGAUGGACCAUCUGGACGGCGUGCUCUUCAUCGACCGCAUGGACAGCCGCACCUUCGCCAACACCGCCUGGAGCCAGCUCCUCGACUGAGACGGAGCCCCGGCAGCGGUACGGCACUCUGGGAUGUGGCCGCGGCCCCCACCUGCCCCUUGGAGCCGGCCUCGGAGCUUCCUUUCUCGGUCUAGGAAAGGGGGCUGUGCAGGAGGGGACCACCCCUCUCUCCUGCAGCACCUGGUCCACGGGAGGGGAAGGGGCUGGGAGCUGUGGGCUGUGGACCUGGAGAGAAACGAGGAGGGACUCGGCUCCAAGCGGCCAUUAUAGAACGUGCUCCUUGUGUGGCAGGCAAAGGACCGUGGGAAUGGAGAGGAGACAGUAUCCCCAGCGCUGGGUCCCUUUAUGGCCCCAAAGCCUUGCUGUGGGGCAGCUGUGCCUCAGGGAGGGGCUAGGCACUGGCGGAAGCUUUCAGAUUGUUUUUAUUUUCAUAUAAACAAGACAGAACCCAAAGCAGCAUUAAUUUAAAAAAUAAAAAAGGAGCAGGAAGAAGAGUGAGGAGCA